CGUAGCGCCCUCGCGAGCGCGUAGUACAGAAGUUUGGCGAAUGCGAAUAUUUGGUCUCUCUCUCUAAAGACAACCUGAGAUCUUCGCAUUGAACCGUCGAUAGAUAGCUAUAAGUAAAUUGCGGACCAAAUGUUAGCGAAUUUACUCCCAGCGGCCGUUUUGGGAGAUUUGUUCCGGGUUUGCGAGCUGCAGCGUGACCCAAAGUACACUUUAGAAAGUUACCGUCCUGUUUUAGCAGCUUGCAUUAUGCAGAUCUGAUCGAUUAGAUAAGGGUUAGAAAAAGCGAACUCGAGCGCAGAUGAAAUGACUGCCGCGAAGUACGGAGGCGAGGAGCUCGAUUUCAGACUGACUUUUGGAGAGGACAGUCAAGCGACGGCCCCAGGCCACACAGAUGCGGGUGAAGACAAUGGCCCGUCUUGCUACCUCUUCUCUGCACUUCAACAGCCUGUUUUCCAGCAGCAGUGUGUCACCCAAACAUCACUCACCCAAACAUCACACUCCCAAGGACCUCUUACCAGUAGCUUUGUUGCUUCUAGCUCUGGAUCCAAUCCUGUGGAUUCUCCAAGCCGUGUGUUUGAUUGCCCCAGCAUACAGAUCACCUCCAUCCCAACAACCUGCCAACAAGAUUUGAGCGCCCAGCAACAUGGUGUCCAUUUGGAACAAGAAGGAGCCUUUGGUUCUCUAACAUCUAGGGACCAGCUGUAUUUACCUCUAGAUGCAUCCUAUAGAGACACGUCGGCAUUGUGCGCAAGUCCUUGCAGUAGCUUGUCGUCCCGCAGCUGGCUCUCGGACGCCUCCUCGUGUGAGUCUUUCUCCCAUAUUUAUGAUGAUGUAGAGGCUGAGCUUACUGAAGCAGCAGCGGGUUGCAGGUUUACAUCGCCACUGGUGUCACCACAGGGCUCACCUCUGCCCUCUCCUCUUGCAUCACCCCAAGCAUCUCCACAGGUAUCUCCUAUGGUGUCGCCAUUUGGCUCUCCAGGCUGUGCCUACACUGAGGACCCCUGGUCUCGUUAUCAUCAGCAGCAACGCCCUUACUCUUAUUCACUGUCACCCCAUCAUUCACCUUAUCAGUCUCCUCGCACCAGUGUUAACGAGGACACCUGGCUCAGCGCACGGACGCAGUCAUCAUCCUCCUCAAAACCCUCUUCUCGUCCCACUUCACCGUAUGGGAAGCGCCCGUAUUCCAGCGCUGAUGGUAUACCAGGGUCAUCUUCGCCUCAUCUCUCUCCCACUCCGAGCCCAUCUCACUCUCCACGAGGCAGUGUGACCGAUGAAACUUGGUUGGGAAGUCCUGCCGUGAUGGCCGGCUACUUUCAGGCAUGUGCACCUGAAAUGGACAUUCCCUCUAAAACCAGACGGACUUUUCAGGGAAACAGCAGUCAGGAUUGUAUGGCCUUGCUGCCAGGACAUGGAGAUUCAGGGCUUGAGGAGAAUAACCUUGUGUCCCCUUCGCUGGAUUCAAAUAUAGAAGUGUCACUGCCAACCCUGAAGAAAGAAGACAUAGUGGAACACUACUUGUCAGUCCCUACACCCUUUACUUGGGGAAAGCCUAAGCAAACACACACUCCUUUGUUCAGGUCUACAUCUUUACCCUCACUGGACUGUUCACUGCCCAGCCAGUAUGGGCAAUUUGAGCUAAAGUUGGAGGUCCAACCCAAACCCCACCAUAGAGCCCACUAUGAGACGGAGGGCAGUCGAGGGGCCAUUAAAUCAGUAUGUGGAAGACACCCUGUUGUAAAGCUGCUUGGUUACAACGAGAAACCGGUCAGCCUCCAGAUGUUCAUCGGGACGGCCGACGAUCGUCAUGUGAGACCACAUGUAUUUUAUCAGGUGCACAGGAUAACAGGAAAAACUGUGGCCACUCUGAGUCAGGAGAUGGUGAUCAGCAGCACCAAAAUCUUAGAGAUUCCUCUUCUUCCUGAAAACAACAUGUCUGCCAGUAUUGACUGUGCUGGGAUUCUGAAGCUCAGAAAUUCUGACAUUGAAUUGCGGAAGGGAGAAACCGACAUUGGGCGUAAGAACACACGUGUGCGAGCUGUGUUCCGUGUGCACAUUCCCCAGGCUAACGGAAAAGUGCUCUCUCUGCAAGUGGCCUCCAUCCCUAUAGAGUGCUCCCAACGCUCAGCCCAGGAGCUUCCUCAGAUAGAGAAGUUUAGCCCAAACUGUGACUCUGUGAUGGGAGGCCAGGAGCUGCUUAUCAACGGCCCAAAUAUCACCCCAGAGUCAAAAGUCAUCUUCCUGGAAAAAGGUCAUGAUGGUAGAACUCAGUGGGAAGUGGAUGCAAAAACAGUUCAUGAAAAGAGCAGAGAUACUAGCAUUGUGGUAAAAAUCCCUCCAUAUCAUAAGAGGAUCUUGGGGUCGUCCGUGCAGGUACAGUUUUACGUCAGCAAUGGGAAAAGAAAGAGGAGUCUUGUACAACGAUUUACUUAUGUCCCAGCAGUGCAAGUAAAGCAGGAAUAUGAAAGUAUUGAAGAUACUACAACUUUGGGUCAUACAGAGCAGUUCAGCCCUUUGGAGCAGUGGCUCUACUCCGCAGGUCCAGUUUGUGUUCCAUCCUCCAGCUACUCUGCUAUGGGUUCCCCAUAUCUCAGUCAACAUCAUCCUUUAGAUGAUGCAUCUGGAGUUCACCCAAUACUACACCCAGUUUCACAGCAAUUUUCAAAGCCCUCCCUAUAUCAGGGACCUCAACAAAGCCAGUCUUACACUGGACAGCUCAAUCUUCCCUGUAAUGCUGUUUCAAUGCAAGGAGGCAGGUCAUCAUCUGUUUUGUCUGAGAAUGGGAGCUCUGUUCUAGGAAUUGGGUAUCAAAACACUCCUGGCAGUGUUCAUAGCGUGAAUCAAGUCUCUGGUCAGAUGCAUAAUGAGGGCCAUCCCAGCCCUACCUCAUUUACAACCCAGUGUGAUCCAAAUAACCUAAAUAACUAUCAAUCUGCUCAAGAUUCUGGAGACCUGGGGGUGUUUCCGAAGUCCUCGUCCUCUCUAGAGGUUCUUGCCUCCGCCACAGUGCCUUCUACCUCACACUUGAACAGAGAGGUCCUUGUAAACCCAAAGUCUAAUACAUCCCCUUCUCUGGCUGGUACAAGUGAAACCAUAAGCUCAGGAGCUUCAUUAAACCACUCCAUGGAUGGAAGGAGGCAUAACAUUAAACAGGAACCGGAAAAGGAGAAGGACCUCACCUUCCAGUCUAUUGGGCUGCAGGACAUCACUCUUGAUGAUGUGAGUGAGAUCAUAGUGAGAGAUUUGUUCCAGAGACCGGAUUCGGCACCGGAUGGAUGUUCCUAGCUUAAAGUAUCCACACUGAGAAAUCACUAUCAUUACGUUAACAGGAACUCAGCACUGUAGAUGCAGUAUCUAGAGUAUGUACUCUGACUGCCACUAAAAAGAAUGAAUAAAUUAAUGUUACGAAUAUUGCUGUAUAUUAUGCUGGUUUUAAAGCUAUGCUAGGUGAUAGCCUAUCUUGGCAAAUGUGAAUGAUCUGCCUGAGACUUUUUUAUAUUAAGGACUCUUUUGCUGGCAUUAAUGUCCCUUUUGCUAAGGUGCCUUACGUGUAAAACAUUCAGAUCUUUGUAAUUGUUGACUGUGAAGUGUAUUUAAAAACUAUGCAAAGUGGUUUUAUAAACAUAAUAUUUUAGAAUAGUUGCAUAGGAUCAUUUGGACUGUUACACUGUCAGCUCAUUGUGUUAGUUUUUCAUAUUUCUGUUUUUUUUUUAUGUGUAAUUUGACUUCGUUGUGACUUAUUUGCAGAAUAUCCAUUAAUUUUCAUGCUUUCAUGUACUGAACCAAUUAAUUGAGACAUGUAUUUGUCUAUGUUUUAAGUGAUUGUUUCCCAAAACCCAGGUUUGUAUUUAUAAAUUUAUAUGAAACAUUAUGGUACAUGACAUGUUUUAUUGAAAUUUAUAUUGGUUUUGUGGAAAUAAAGAAAUUUGUCCCUGUAUUCUCUGAACAUAA